CGUAAGCUAGAAAAAAUGAAGUAACGCGCGCGGGAUGCGUUGUUUAGUUGCGGCUCGGUUAUGAAUUAUGAUUGAUAUAUGAUGACGUGGGUUCACGAUCACCGUCUAAACCAACCCCAACGAUUUCCGAUUCAUCUUAAUAUCACGUGACCAUAUAGAUUCACAACAAAGGAACUGAAGAGGAAGAAGAAGAAGUAGAAGAAGUAGAAGAAGAAGAAGAAGAAGAGGGAGAUAAACGACGAUGAUGAAUUCUGUGGUGAACGCGUUGACGCUGAGUCGGAUGUUGACUCGCGAGCACUUGGUUCUUGCAAAUGAAGGCAUACCUUUUGGAUCCAUACGGUGGGUAGUUUACGCCGGAAUCUGCUGUUUUCUCGUUCUCUUUGCCGGUAUAAUGUCCGGUCUCACCCUCGGUCUCAUGUCUCUAAGCCUCGUCGACCUCGAAAUUCUUGAACGAAGUGGUUCUCCUUCUGAGAAAAAACAAGCCGCGAUCAUACUUCCUGUGGUUAAAAAACAACAUCAGCUUCUUGUUACUCUGCUUCUCUGUAAUGCUGUUGCUAUGGAGCCAUUGGCUUUGAAACUUCCCAUCUGCAGGCUCUUCCUAUAUACCUAGAUAAACUCUUCAAUCAAUUUCUUGCUAUCAUUCUCUCUGUAACUUUCGUUCUGUUUUUCGGGGAGGUUAUUCCACAAGCAAUUUGUAGUAGAUAUGGUCUUGCUGUAGGUGCCAACUUUGCAUGGCUUGUGCGGAUUUUAAUGAUUAUAUGUUACCCAGUUUCUUACCCAGUUGGAAAGGUUUUGGAUUACCUAUUGGGGCAUGAUGAGGCUUUAUUUAGGCGAGCUCAGUUAAAAGCUCUUGUCUCCAUUCAUGGCAAGGAGGCUGGGAAAGGGGGUGAGCUUACACACGAUGAGACAACAAUUAUCAGUGGAGCUCUUGAUUUGACUGAAAAGACUGCUGAGGAGGCUAUGACUCCUAUUGAAUCAACAUUUUCUUUAGAUGUUAAUUCAAAACUGGACUGGGAGGCAAUGGGAAAAAUUCUUGCUCGAGGGCACAGCCGAGUUCCUGUCUAUUCUGGAAAUCCAAAGAAUGUUAUUGGGCUUCUACUUGUAAAAAAUCUUCUUACUGUAAGACCUGAAACAGAGACCCCAGUUAGUGCUGUAUCUAUCCGGAGAAUUCCACGGGUUCCAUCUGAUAUGCCUCUUUAUGAUAUACUGAAUGAGUUCCAAAAGGGAAGUAGCCAUAUGGCUGCUGUUGUUAAAGCUAAGGGAAAAGGCAAAGAAACUCCACAAAUAAUCGACGAAGAAAAAUUUGAAGCUAAGAAAAGUGUUGGUGGGGAUUCGCAGUUGACUACUCCAUUGUUACAAAAGCAUGAUGCAAAUUUAGAAAAUGUUGUUGUUGACAUUGACAAGCCUUCAAAGCUUCCCAUCAUUAAUAAGCAAACUGGUUUGCAGCGUACUAGUGAUGGCUCAUUAAACGGUCCUUCAGAAAAUAUUGAAGAUGGUGAAGUGAUUGGUAUUAUCACUUUGGAAGAUGUAUUUGAAGAACUUCUGCAAGAAGAAAUUGUGGACGAGACAGAUGAAUAUGUUGACGUUCAUAAGAGAAUACGUGUUGCAGCAGCUGCAGCUGCUUCCUCAAUGGCACGAGCUCCAUCAAUCCGUAGGAUGACUGGCCAAAAGGGAACGGGAGGCCAAAGUAAGGGAGGGCAAACUCCAAAGUCAUCUGUAGAGGAAAAUGCAUUGAAUUCUACAAGAUAACAAGGAACUCCGUGUCAGAGAAAAAUGCCCUUAAUAUAUUAACGGUUGGUUUUUGUAUCAGUUAUCUGAUGCUGAAAAAGAAGCCAUGAAGAGUAUUUAAGUCAUUUGAUCUUGUGUAUUAAUUAAACAUACUUUUCCUUUUUGGUAGUGCUUAAAUUCAUUUUUAUUCUAGUAGAAGCUUUUUGUGUUACUCCUAAUAGAAGCUUUUUGAACUGAUGCUGCAUGCCUGCCGCAAUAUUAUUGUAUCUAAAAUGUUUAUAAUAUGUGCCUAAACGAACAGUUUUCUACUUCAAUACUCAA